GUUGUUUGUCAAAAUUAAAGCAAGCUGCAAGCCCAAUUCCUUUUGAAAUCCCCCACCCAGUAAAAUCACAGCCAGAAAACAAGAUUUCAGUAUUUGGAUUGCAUUUUUCGUGUGUUAUGAUUACUCGUACCCAAGAUUAAGUGAAGAAUCAAAAUUAAUUAAACACCCAAGGUGUUCCAGAACAUAUCGUGCUUUAAGUAACACUGGUAAAUCUAACUCUCAUCCUGCUGCCCUUGCCUUAUCUUGGAGGAGCAUAUUUGGUCAUUAUUCUCUUCAUCUUCUCGAUGGCCUUUUGCUCUCAGGUUAUGGCAAAAAUUGCAGAAGUGACGAGAAAAUUUUUCGUUGCAUCAAUAUUUAUGUGGAUAUUCCCUUUUGCAAUCUUAUACGGCUUUCAGCAUGAUUGGUUCCCGGGUUUCUCACACAUAUCACCUUAUUCUCAGACGCUGCUGAGUGGGUUUCUUGCUGUCAUAUCAGUUAAUGUGAUGCUAGCAUUCUACAUAUGCAUGGCAAUGAAAGAGCCUUCUGAUAAGCAUGAACCAGAUCCUGCUUUUAUAGCCCAACCUAAGGCUAAGGCGAGCCCGAGUAAGCCUAGUGGUGGUGAUAAGCAGGACUAGGGUAUGUCCAUGUCCAUACAGACUGACGGGGCUACAGGGCACAGACUGCAAAGAGUUAACACAAGGAAGAUCAUAUCAGAACAGUUAAAAACUUUGGUAUUUUAGGAAAAAUUUUGAUACGAGAUAUGAAGAUUGGAUGGUAGUGAGUAAUAUUUGCUCUACCUUCCAUUCUUAAUUCCAAGUUGCCACUACCUAGCAGGGCACUCUGUAUUCUAUUUUGCCACAACCUAUCACUCUUAAUUCUAAUUUGUUAGAAAUGAAAAACUUGUUUUUUUCUUCUGAAGAGAUUAUUUGGUCCACAAUAAUUGUAUGACCUUCUAUUUCAUAGUACUGAAAUAUUGCACAUAAAUAUUCUUUUUGUAAUAGAAAUGUCCGUAGAUUAUAUUGCCUCAACUAUCCUCUAUUGUUUAAAUUUUUAUAUCUUCUAUAUACAAAGGUAGGAAACUAUCUGGUGGUUAGAAGACAUUAUAUUAGAAUUCGUGAUUAGAUGAGAUCAUAUUUUAAUCUUCAUAGAAUUACAAACAUUCCUCAACCUAUAAGAUAUGAGAAAGUUCAUUUAUUGAAGAACAACUCACAUAAAGUAUACGUUUGUAAUCUUAUUGUAUUUAUUAUGUUUCUUUCUUAUA